GGGUUUAGUCCGAAACGAGUAUUCUCCGUGUUUCAUGGUAUUACUAAUAAUUGUGCGCCACAGUUAAUAUCAGUCCAUAUGCAGUGGCGUCAUUGUAAUCACAACUGGACGGAGUACCCUGCGCUACGGAGUACAGCAGACCCUUAUUCUUACCAUAUUGCAGCAAACAUGUUCCUGGCAAGUCCGGUUGUAUAUUGGCGCUGGCAGUCUGUACUUUGUACCAAGACUCUAGGGGUAAUCAGGAGGCUUGGGGUCUUGGGGGCUUGGAACUAGAUCGCAGGCGUUGCUUUCAUUACGAGGAUGUACCCUUGGUAAACUGAUAGGAUAGGAAUCAAUUGAUUCUGCUAUGUACAGUGCAGAUGCGGAGUAACACUCCGG